AUGAGAAGAAGCUUUCGGAGAAACCUUAGCUCUCCAAACUUAUCAUUUAAGAGACGGUCUCAAUCAAACAGUCCUUUGAGAUCACGCACACCAGAACCUGCAUCUGACUUGGAGUCAGACUUUUACAAGCCAACUAAACUAUCAAACUUAUCAUUGAGCAAUUUGUCUUUAUCAUCACUAAUACCCUUUUACAAAGAGAAUGAGAUUCAAGACGGAAGCAUAGAUAGUCUUGCAAGAGAGAGUGACGUUAUUCUGUCGAAAUACUCGAUCCCACACUUGGAGUAUAAAGGGUUUUCUCUGUAUGUCAUCAGCGGAUUACUUCUCGGGGUAUGGACAAUAUGGUGUUUUGUUCCAGAUAGCAUUUUAAAUUCAAUGGGAAUCUACUACUAUCCAAGAAAAUGGUGGAGUGUAGCUAUUCCAAGCUUUUUAUUGAUGUUAAUGUGUUACAUGUACGUGGCUCUACUGUUUUACAAUAUUGAGAUCAAGACAGUGCCAUUGAACAAUGUAUUGACAAUCGUUGACGAGAAUAGCGUGUUGGCCAACGAUGAGCCAAACUCAGACACAGAACUAGAGAACUUGUGUUUCAAGAGUACCAGUGGAAUAUGGGAUCUGCCAAUAUCAACAAUUAAUGACGUACUAUAUCGUAAUCCCUCUUUAAAUACAAACUAA